AUGGCCAGAAACGAGGCGGUCUGGGAACAUGCGGUAAGGAGGCCGAAGGUGGUGUGGCGCCGUGCAGCUGCGGGAGAAGCGAGCUACACGGCAAUCCACGCUCGACCAGUGGCGACAUCAGCCGAAGGGGUGCAAGCGGUGGCAGCCGGACGGGCGACGUGCCACGUUGACGCCGGAUACGACCCGAGUACCGGCAAUGCAACCUAUUGGGCGGUCCUACUCGGUCCGAAUGGUGUGUUUAAAGCAGCGGCAAAUGGAAAGCUCCCGGGGUGUUUUACUCCUCUUAUGGCAGAAGCACUAGCAUGCAAGGAAGUCUUGUCCUGGCUUAAAGACCGAAACGAGAAUGAGGUGGAUAUUCUUACGGAUUGUCUUGUCUUAAGGAAUGCGGUUCAUGCAGUUACUACACCGAACUUAUCCUAUGUUGGAAUUGUGAUUGAGCAAUGUAGAAUAGCUAUUAGUAGUUUCAUUUAUUGUUCGCUUAGUUUUGUUCCUAGAGCUUUAAAUUUACAUGCACAUACUCUUGCUAGUUUAACCUAUGAUCAGGAUCAUUCUAUGUACUGA